CUUGGACACAGAUCUCAGAUAGACAAGAUGUACAGGGCUGUUUGUCUGGCUUUAGCGUGUGUACUAGCGGUGUCUGAUGCCCUGGUGGGAAAAGUCUGUACCGUAGAGUCGGAGUGUGACGCCGGAGAAUGUUGUCAGAUCCUCAGUCAGUUCAUGGUCAUGAGCAGACGUCAGGUGGACGUCUUACCUUUGGCUACGUCACAGAGAAACGGCACCUGCCAGAAGUACCAGCUGGAGGGCUCCGGCUGUAGCGGCUUCGACAAGAUGAACGGCUACUGCAGCUGUGAGCCGGGCACCUACUGCCAUACAUACGAGAUACCCCUGGCCACCGUUCCUCCCACACUUGUCAACAAACGAUCGAUGGCAAUGCCUAGACCAGGAUACACCUGGAUCUCCAGGUGUGAGAGGCAGACGGCUUAAGUUAGCACCAGGCCAACAGACGGCCUAAGUUCGCACCAUGCUAACAGACAGCUCAAGUUCGCACCAAGCUAACAGACAGCCGACGUUUGUAUAGAGUUAUGUCAGAUGCAGAUAUUAAAGUUUUGAAACAUAA